AUGGGGUGUAUAAGCUCAAAGAGAAGCAAACAAGUACUUUCCAAUGAAGACCCAACUCUUCUAGCUGCUCAAACACCUUUUACGGUUAGUGAAGUAGAGGCCUUGUAUGAGCUCUACAAGAAAUUAAGCAAUUCAAUAAUUGCAGAUGGCCUUAUUAACAAGGAAGAAUUCCAGCUGGCCCUUUUCAAGGACCAAAAUCAUAGGAAUAUUUUUUCAGACAAGAUUUUUUAUUUAUUUGAUGCCAAACAUAAUGGGGUUAUCGAGUUUGGGGAGUUUGUCCGAGCAUUGGGUGUCUUUCACCCCAACACACCCUUGGAUGACAAAAUUUCAUUUGCUUUUAGGAUUUAUGAUCUAAGACAAACUGGUUUUAUCGAACGUGAGGAGUUAAAGGAGAUGGUUGUGGCAAUUCUGCAUGAAUCAGAUCUGCUUCUUUCAGAGGAUUUUAUUGAGAACAUUGUGGAUAAGACAUUUAGUGAAGCAAACGCAAAAGGUGAUGGAAAAAUUGAUCCACAUGAGUGGAAGGAAUUUGUGUCAAAGUAUCCAUCUGUAUUGAAGAACAUGACACUCCCAUACUUGAGGGAAAUAGCACUUACAUUCCCCAGCUUUGUGGUUAGGAUGGAAUCGGCGAUUCAGAACAAUUAG